GAUCCGCAAGCGCCUUCGUAGAUGUCCUGCAGGGGAGUGGCAUCAGCACCGACACCCUCUCUCUGGACAUGACGAAUGCCUUUGCCGGCGGCGAGGUGUUGGAAAUCCUGGUGACGGCCAUAACCAUGGACGGUGCCUACAUAGAAGGUGCCGGCUUCUGGACAGCGCUAGGAGAGAACACGGCAACGCACCUCGUUCUCCAGCUUGAUCGGGUUCGGUCGGUGAUCGAUGUCUACCAGCCUCCAACGAGCUUCCGCACCAGUGACCGCCAGAGUCAGGAGGAGGUUGUCCUUGGAGUCGGAGAUGGAUGGCUGGAUGUGCUCGCUUUGCAGCCUUGUGCUCCUCCGAUGAGCCACAAGGUGAUCGUCGAUGCCGCGCAAAUGGUGGCACGGAUGUUUUACACGUAUUCGCUGGAGAGUGUGACGAGCUACCGUAUUGUCACGGCAGAGGCUUAUCCUCAGAACUUCGACGUGAGCGUGGAAUAUCUGAGCUCUCCCGCCCCGGUGAUUCUGGGGUUCUCAGUGGUCAUGUUGCCAACAACUCCGAUGAAGCCUCGAGUUGCUGAUGACCGGUUGCUGUACUUCACAACAGAUUUCGUGGACGUGGGCUAUCACCAAGCGGAUAUGCACACGCUGCCAAGUGAGGCAGUGGACCGGCAGAUCUCGUUGAUGUGGCGCUGGGAUCUCGGGAAGCUGCCCAACCGGACCAUCAGGAUACACGUCGACCCGACAGUACCGCUCCGCUGGCAAGCCUGGGUCAAAGAAGGUGUUGAGGCCUGGAAUUCGGCCUUCGCAACACUGCGAAUGCCUUCGGCAGUGAGAGCUGUUCUGCCUUCUGACGAUGACUGGCCGCAGGACUACAGCAUGGCCGAUGCACGGUACAACACGAUCUACUGGUCUCUGUCUGAUGACAUCUCCAGUGAAGGCGAUGCUCAGGUGGAUCCGAGAACCGGUGAGAUUAUCAAAGCCGACAUCCGCAUGGGCAGCGGCUGGGUGUGGGCUUGGCUUUCUGAACUUGAUCUCCUGGCGGCCAACACUACUCGGGAGGAUCGCCUCGCUCUCUUGGGCCAAGGUGUGGUGAGUGGGACGCAGCCGCUCAAGCGUUCAAGAAGGCCAGCGGGGCGGUCGAGGCGGCCGACAAGGUCCAUGCAUGCACAAAAGUCGCGGCACACGAAGAUCCCUCGCGAGGUUCCCGAGUCUGGCGAGACUUCCGAGGGCCCCGUGCAGCUGCCACGACAUGGUGUUCACGCGGGGCCGCUGCUGCUCUCUGCAGGGCAGCCGCUGACCACACCGCAACUCGAGGUCUUGAUGGGAGAAGGCCUGAAGAGCGUGGUGAUGCACGAAAUGGGGCACAUCCUUGGCUUGAGGCACAACUUCAAGGGGAGCACCUCCAUCGCUCAGAACUGCUUGGAGAAUCGCAGCUGCACCGCCGUCCACGGGCUCUCCGCGAGCAUCAUGGACUAUUUGCCCAUGAACUUGCCGGAGCCGGGGCGUGAGCCCAACUCCGUUCACAUCUUCCCACCGACCAUCGGCGCUUACGACAAGCUCGCCAUCCGCUAUGGGUACUCCGAGCCUUCCGAAUCGCCCACAGAGGCUUUCUAUGGGCUCGCGGCGCUCUUGGAGGAAGCGAAGGCUUUCGAUGUCUGCUACGAUGCAGACGAGGAGUUGGGUGAGGAUCCCUUCUGCAUGACCGAAGACCUUGGCGAGGACCCUGUGGCCUUCCACGAAAAGCGCUUGACUCGAAUUGCACGAGUGCAGGGCGAGCUGCACAAGCGCUACGUGCAGGCUGAUGGACCCUGGCGCAAUUAUGGCAACUCAUUGGGCUCGCUGCUGAGGGAAGCAGAGGUCGCCGGUCUCAGCCUUAUACCCUGGGUGGGCGGAAUCCGGAACAGCUACGCCCACCGCGGUCCAGUCUGGAAUGCAUCAAAGGCCCGCCGGCCGGUGCCUCUUCGGAUGCAGCGUCGGGCACUGGAGGCAGUGCUGAAACUGCUUCGACCCGAUGCUGCUGGCCUCCUGCCGCCAGCAGAGGCGCUGCCGUUUGCAGUGACUGGAGAGGAGGAUUCCCUGAAAAGCCUGGACCUUGUACGACUCUCUGAGAACCUCAUCAAGAAGCUGUUGGCAAAGCUGUUGUCGUCCAAGCGCUUGUUGCAGGUCCGGAAGCAGGAGCUGCUCGUGGCUUCCGCGACCCCACAAAGCGCAUCUGACGGGGCUGAUGCCCUGACUGUGGAGGAGUUCCUCACCAGGAUGAGCGAUGGAAUCUUGGGAGGUUUCCACUUGGACAGCCAUCCAGAAGCUUCGGCCUCGCUGACAGCAGAAAUGACGCUUCAGCUGGAGUUUGUUCGGAGCAUGACCGCGCUGUUCGAGAAGGCUGCGAGCCAUGAGUCGAAGUUUGGUUGUCGUCAUACUCGGAUAUAG